UGAUAGAUUCCCUUUGCUUUGCUUUCCAAACCUAUUUCGAUUUUCGCAAAGAAAGAAAACGUCAGGCACCAUUCAACAUGGGCUUAUUUUACGCGACUAAAAGCUAGUUAUAGCUGAAAUAUUGCUCUAAUUGUAGUGUUAUUGUUAUUAUAGUUUCAUUUUACAUUUUUAGGUUUGUGAUCGUCUGUUUAGUUCGUGUUUACGUGUAUUCUUAAAAUGGUGAAGGAGAAACCUAAUUCCAUAAGGAUUUACGAUGACGAGGGUUUUAGACGCCGUGCGGCGUGUAUAUGCGUUCGUUCGGACGCCGAAACCGAGGUGCUUCUUGUGACGUCGUCACGUCGGCCGGAUAACUGGAUCGUGCCUGGUGGAGGCGUGGAGCCGGAGGAGGAGCCUUCGGUGACGGCCAUGCGCGAGGUGCUGGAAGAAGCUGGCGUCAUCGGCAAGCUUGGACGGUGCUUGGGAGUCUUUGAAAACCGCGAGCACAAACAUCGGACUGAAGUAUACGUGAUGACAGUGACGCAAGAGCUGGCGGAAUGGGAGGACUCCAGGCUGAUGGGCCGCAAGCGCCAGUGGUUCUCCAUCGACGACGCGCUUGCGCAACUCGCGCUUCACAAGCCCAUUCAGCGCCACUACUUGCAGCAGUUGCGGCGCUCCAAGCAGAACAAAACAGAUGAUGUUGGCAGCUAGGACCGCUAAGAUUUAAAUCAGAACUGGCUCUCGCCCGCGGCUUCACCACGCUACACACGUAACUCUGUAACAUCUUCUUUUUUCUACUUUACGUAUAUUUUUAUACUACAAUGGAAUAAAUGUUAAUUUUAUUUUGUUAGCAUUAAAACGAAAAGACAUACGAGCUCUAUUUUUAUUUAAAUUAACAUGAUUUUUUUCUAUUCCUCAAUGAGUUUUAAAAUAAAUUUUAUAUGGAUCUU